UUAUAAAUGAUACCACAUAAGAAGCCAUUCCCUGAAGGAAUGACAUUCGUCUCAGCCAUUCUAUAUAGGCGGUAAAAUAACUCUAUUAUUCACUGGUUUGAUGGUGUAACUAUAUUCUUCUGUGUGUCGUCGUAAUACAACAAGAAGUUAUUUAUUCGUUGUCUGCUGGGUUGAGCUCUGCCCUAACUGAGUCAGAGGGAAGUCGUGUGCUGGGUUAAACUCUAUUUAACUGAGAGUUUGUGUUUUUAACUAAGCUUUAUUUAGGAUUGCUUUUGAGAUAACAAGCAUCCUACAAGUUAUAUAAUGUGAAAUACCUUCUUUUGUAUUGAAAUUGUGAAUAUAUUUAGUUGUAAUUUGAGAGAGGUUGGAUAUAAAAGUCGUUUGGGUCUGAAAAUCACAAAGUUUUUGAUUAUAAUUUCACUUUAACUAGGCUGUAAAAGGUCGCUGACAAUUCCAUAUUAACAGAACAUCAGCAAACGUAUAGAAUACUAUGAGCAAAAUUAUAACACUCCGAUAUAAUAUAUAUUAGUUGGUACUGGAGGGACGCUUAUCUUUUUACGGCGCCCUUAGAAAAAAUCAUUUACGAAAACAGCUGGGCAUCGACAUUACUUCAUUGACUAUAACUUUCAUUUCGUGACUACCUAUUGGUAAGGUGAAGAAUACAAUUUCAGAUCCCUUUACAAAUAUCAAAAUAAUGUCAAUUACAAUUUGUUCUAAUAUGAAGGAAAGGACUGUUCGGGACGCCUUAGGAUGUUUCAACUUUGAUAAACGCUUUCUUCUUCUUUUUAUUCAUUGCGUUGUGACAAAUUUAGAAGAUGCGACUAGUUUGUAUCUGUUAGAUAUUAUUUGACGAUACUAUUUUAUAUGUACAACGGAAAUGAUGUAAUAUAACUGUCGUGUGUAUAAUAAUAAUAUUUGUGUUUGUUUGUUCUUUCGGUGGGCUUUAUCAAAACCGUGUGUUUUGACACUAAACUAACCGAUAUAAAUUGUUUUAGAGAAUAUCAGCAAGUUUUGUUUAAUAAAUUUGGGAAUAAAUUCUUGAGAAUGGCAACGGGAGCUCCAUUUGUCACUGUGCUAUGCGUUGACGACAGUAAGAAUGCCGAACAAGCAUUCAACUAUUACACAAGCUGUAUUCACAAACCAGAUAAUAAAUUGAUAAUACUUCACGUCACGGUGCUGCCCGCAGUUCCUGCAUUAGCGAUUAGUGCACCGACGUCUGGGUCCGUACCAUUCGAGGAUUUUAAAAAGACAAUGAAAAACAUUGUUGAUGAAAGUAAAGUAAUUGAGGGACGUUAUAACUCACUUUGCAACCAAUUGGGAAUACAACACCAAUUUGAUAUGUAUCAUCCGAAUGGCAGUGUUGGCGAAGCAAUCGUAGAUCAAGCUAAAAAAAGAGAUGCAAAUCUAGUUGUUAUGGCAUCAAGAAGUCAAACAUUUUCAAGAGCGCUUCUCGGUUCAACCAGUGAUUACGUACUUCAUCACAGCACUAUUCCCGUUUUAAUCUGCCCGGAGCAACGCCAAUAAAUGCUUCUAAAGUCGUUAUAUAUAUAUAUAAUUUUUUCCACAAUUCUACAAAGCAUAUUGAGUAAUCACAUUUUAAGCACUUAUCAUACAUUUGCAUGAAAACUUCAUAACUAUAUAUCGUCACGCUAAUAACCGAAUUGCGUAAGUCAUUUUAAGCAGUUUUGAGAUAGACGUAAAAAACUUCCUAAUGAUAUUGUUAUGCCAUUGAGAGUCAAUAAUUUGCCAUGGUUCAAUUUUU